AUGACUAGUGUCUCUCAUACUCAUCCUUUGGUCUACACCUUUGGCAUUUUGGGUAACUUAGUUUCCUUCAUGGUGUUUAUUGCCCCAGUGCCAACAUUUUACAGGAUUGUUAAGAAGAAAUCAUCGGAAGGGUUCCAUUCAUUACCAUAUGUUGUUGGAUUAUUUAGUGCAAUGCUUUGGAUUUACUAUGCAAUGGUUAAAACUAAUGUUACACUUCUCAUCACCAUCAACUCUUUUGGUUGCAUUGCUGAGACCAUUUACGUCGCGAUUUAUUUUACUUACGCUACAAAAAAAGCAAGGAUGAAAACAUUAGGACUUGUCCUACUGUUGAAUUUUGGUGUCUUUGGAUUGAUUCUUUUCCUCACACAAAUUUUAUGCCAAGGAACAAAAAGAGCUGAAGUUAUUGGAUGGAUUUGCAUGGCUUUUUCUAUCAGUGUAUUUGUUGCACCUCUAAGCAUUAUGGGACGUGUAAUAAGGACCAAAAGUGUGGAAUUCAUGCCAUUUAACUUGUCAUUAGCUCUUACAGUUAGUGCUGUAAUGUGGUUUUUCUAUGGUUUGCUUUUGAAGGACGUCUAUGUCGCGGUACCAAAUAUACCGGGAAUGAUACUUGGAGUGCUUCAAAUGAUACUAUAUGGAUUAUACAGAAAUUCUAAGUCAAACAACGUCGCAACAGAAAAAGAAUUACCCAUCGUGGUAAAGGUGGAUCAAGAGCAGCCAACAAAAGUCAAUUCUGAAGUUUAUCCAGUUAAUAUUUCAUCCUUGGACAGUGAAAAUGGAGAAACUAAAGAUGGUAAAAAUCUUCAAGAUCCCCAAAUUAACUCUCAAGUUUAAGAAAGACUUGGAGACAAUACUUUGGAGGGUGCUACUAAACUAAUCCUUAUAAUUGAGGGGCCUUUUCUGAAAGGUUUUCUUAAAAACUGGGCCUCA